GGGGCGAUCUGGGGCGGCCCAGGGAUAAAGACUCGGUGGCUGGCCAGGCUGUGCUCGUGUUGCCGGAUCGCUCUUCGGCUGCAGCUCGGUCCGCCUCCGAGAGAUCAUGGCCGGAUCCCCGCGCACCGCGCUGCUUCUGCUGACCGUCCUGGCCCUCGCCCUGGCCCUGGCCGUGAGCCCUCCGGCCGGGCAGAGCCCCAGAAAGAAAAGCCUGGUGGGCGGCCUGACGGAGGCGGACGUCAACGAGAAGGGCGUACAGGAGGCGCUGUCCUUUGCCAUCAGAGAGUACAACAAGCUAAGCAACGACGCCUAUCAGAGCCGCGCGGUGCGCGUAGUGCGCGCCUUCAAGCAGGUUGUGUCCGGGAUGAACUACUUCUUGGACGUGGAGAUUGGCCGAACCACGUGUACAAAGUCCCAGGCCAACGUGGACAACUGUCCCUUCAAUGACCAGCCAAACCUGAAAAUGCAAAAGCUGUGCUCCUUCCAGGUUUACGUCGUCCCCUGGAGGAACAUCAUGACCCUGGUGAAUAUGAGCUGCCAGAAUGAAUAGGGGACUGGGCAUCAGGGAGGCCGCUGACUGCCUCUCACUCACGGCCCCCCAGAGCUCUCACACCUCCCUCCGAUGGGUGACCCGCCUGGUGGAUGUGCCCUCCGUGUGCCGUCCCAGCAGACACACAGAGAAGGCUCUUUGGGCAUUUUUUGGACUGCUAAGGGGCUCUAACUCAUUUCUUUCUUCUAAUUGCUUUCCAAGUGAACCAAAUGCCCUUGCUCUGCUAUUUUACUCAAUAAAAAAGUAACAGCAGCUAC